GUAAUCAAAAUUCAGGAAAGCGUGACAAAUGUUGCCGAACCGGUUCUUCUUCUAGUCGCUCGCGCUAACUAUGCGCCGUACAGCGGGCAGAAAAUGGCGCCGAGUGGCAGAUUAGCAGGCUGGGCCUUACUGCUGGUGACAGCCGCGGGUUUUCUGAGCGGGGCGGCGGGAAAGAGAUCCUUCCCGCACCUGGGAGAUGUUCGUGCCUGGGCCAGCGAGCUUGCUGACAGCCUGAGGGAGAUAGUGGACACAGCCAAGUUCGAUGACCUGUCAACUGCCUAUGCUAGUGAGGUGGCUGCUGGGAGACUGAGCCUGCAGACCAUCAACGGUACCCAGCUGAUCCAGACAUCCACCAAUAAGAUGGCCAGCUCCAUAGCAGUCCGCACCAAGGCACUCAAGAGUCUGUCAGAAGCAGCUGAGGAAGCCGUUGCCAACCAUAACUACAACCAGAGCAUCAAGGUUGCAGAUGUACCUUACUACAGUGCCAUGGACGGUAACCCUGACCACAGACUGCCCGGUCUGACCGAGGACAAGUGGCUGGGAGGACAGACUAACCGCACCAACAGUUCCAUACAUAUACCGGUCAACAUCUAUGAACAAGAUGAACUUUCAUUCCAUACUGAUCAAAUUAUUAACAGAUAAACAUAUGAAUAUUACAUGUAUAAACCUUCUGUAAUUUCUGUUGUUCCCCCAGAUGCCCAUGUGCUGAAUGUGAUCUCGUGGUCGUCCCACCUGGACUCAGUGUUUAUUGACAACUGGCAGCAGAACCAGGAUAAGUUACCGUGGCAGGCCUUCGCUAGUCAGACAGGCGUCUUCCGGAUGUACCCGGCAAGGCCCAUGCAGCCUCACAGAUUCGGCAGCAGAACUCUAACCCUCGAUGAUGUUCCCAGAAGGUUUGAUGAGUUUGAUGCUCGUAUGACUCAGUGGUACCAACAGACCAUCAGUUCCCCGAAGGACAUGCUCAUCCUCCUGGACACGAGUGGAAGUGUAGAAGGCCGCUCCCUGAGCCUGAUGAAGCAUACCACAUGGUUCCUUCUGGACAGGCUGACAGAAGACGAUUACGUUGCCACCGGAUACUUUAAUGCCUAUGCCCAGGCUGUCAGCUGUCUCAGCAGUUUUGUCCAAGCAACCACUCACAACAAGGAGGUGAUCCACAAGUCCCUGGACAACCUGGAGGCAGCUAACCAGGCAAACUACUACGCAGGCCUGGAGUAUGCCUUCAAGAUCUUCAACAAUUUCCAGAUGGAGGAUCGUAAUGAGAACCAGGGCGCGGAGUGUAACCGGAUCAUCGUCUUGGUAACCGAGAACGCUGAGCUCUACCCCGAGGCAGUCUUCCAGAAGUACAACUCUGACAGAAGUAUCCGUGUGUUUGUGAUUGUUGUGGGGGAGCCGAUCCACGACUGGAGCGUGCUGCAGAAAAUGGCCUGUGACAACAGAGGGUACUUCUCAACUGUCAGGAGUGACGGUGCAGCCAGGGAAGCCUCAGGGGAUUUUGGCCAGGUCCUAAGCCGGCCGGUCGCCCUAGAGAAUUCCAAGGAAGUCACCUUCUCCAAGAUCUUUAUGAGUGAAAAAGGUGAUGACUUUGAGGUGUACGUCAGCUACCCAGUCAUCAACACAACCAUGGACAAUCCGCGCUAUAUGUCAAAGGACGGUACAUGUAGUAAGAACGAUGAAGGCACUUGUGCAGAAAACCAGGCGGUGCUAGGAGUUGUGUCUGUGCCAUGGCCGGUGAAGGAAAUGAGGACUUCACUUCCUUUAAGAGAGCUUGGCCACGGAGGUUACGCCUUCAUCAUCAACAACAACGGCUUCAUCGUCUUCCAUCCACACCUGACACCUGAGGAUGCCUUCUAUUCCAAGCCGCCGACCCUUGACCUUCUGGACAUAGAGUUCACGAACCCGGACAAGGAGGCGAUGAGGAACAGGAUGGUGAAACUCGAAACUGGCAGUGAUGUCAUCAACACCCUCACCAAGACACAUGAUCAUCACUACAUUGAUGAAGUGCAGAUGACGUACCACUAUGGUCCAGUCACAGGCACAGGUUUCAGCAUAGGCCUGGGUAUUCCUCACUACCACCCAGGGUCACUGGACGUGUCGAGGGUCUCAUACCAGGAAGGAUUCAACGCCUUUGACACUAACGCUGCAGGGAAACUGGUUUUGACACCACUACUAUACUGUGCCAACUACUCGUCCAGCCCCCACAAGUGCCAGGAUAACCUGCACUGUAAGGUCAGGGAGAAGAUAGCAGAGGCCCAUCACCUGCAGCAGAACGCACCUGAACACUGUGAUGAGAAGAUGAUUCAGCAUGUGAUGCUGGACGCUGUCGUCACCCGCAGCCAUGUGACUAACCACUGGCAGAGCCUCACUUCACAGUUUCGCAGCCAAGGCAUCAACUCCAUGUUCAUCAGUGGUGCGUCCGGCCUGACCAGGGUGUUUCCUGAUGGUGCGACCCCCUUCCACCAUGAUGACAGCUUCUCUGCCACGUACUUCACCCGUUCCCUCGGCAACAAAGACGUUUACAUGUUCCACACACCACGAGAUGACGAUAAUGCAGACAAGUCCCCACCUGAUACUAUAAAUGUUGUUGGAGCUAAAGCCGUCAAAGUGCCUAUACAAGGACAGGAUGUUCUGCCUGCAGUUGCAGGAGUGAACAUUGAUGCUGACAAACUCUUUGACAAGAUGAGGGAUAUCACAGAAAAUUGUGGGUGUGGUGAUAGAAGCAAUUCUCGCUCUAGGGGGUGCCGAGUGCCCACCCCCACCUCCUGUAUGACCUGUGUGGAUUCGGAUGCACAGUGCUUCUUGUUGGACGACGGAGGUUUUAUUGUGGCCACCACCAGAGACGACAGCCAGGAUUCGACAGGGAAAUUCUUGGGAGAAAUGGACGGAUCUCUGAUGAUGUCACUUCUACAACAUGAGGUCUACGAAAGGGUGGAGUCGUAUGACUUUGCCCACCCCAUAGACGACACCGCCUGUGCUCUACUCAACCAGGGGGACAGUGCAGCUCCAAGGAUGUUUGUGCCAAUCGCAGAGCUGCUAAGGUUAGGCUGGUGGACCACGUCUGUAGCCUGGGCUUACUUGAGGUACUAUGUGUACGGGUCCCUGAUGUCAGCUUGGUUUAGUGUUGUUGGAGCUCAGAACCCCCCCACUCCCACACCGGACACCAUUUACAUAGAGGACCCAGAUGAAUUGCGACAUCAUUGUGUGGCGAAACAGACUCAGUAUCGCUUCUUCGGCGACUUCGCUACAAACGAGGGCUUCAGGCCGUGGGCGUCAGACCGGGGGGUGAAGAGGGACGUCCCCAACUGUAACUGCACACGAGAGUUUGCCGCCGCGCGUCUUGCCAACACAAAUCUGUUGUUUGUGAUUGCCGACGAAAACUGUGGGACGUGCAACAACACCAAACUGGCUCAGAGCCAGAGCUUUGAUGUGGGUCCUGACCUCUGUGCCUAUCAGCCUCGCUUCAGGAGACGACCCAAUAGGUCGUGUCACAAGCAGCAUCAGCAGGAGGACACUACACAGUGUAUGUCAGGUUCUACAGUCCUCUACACCAGUGCCAGCCUACUGGCAGUGGUGCUGACACUACAACUGGUCAACCACAGAUUACAAACAACCAGCUUGUAGUCUCAACCGGCCUGCCUGUCUUCCUGCAGUUCCUGUGAAACCUGCUAGAUGUCACUGUGCCACCAGAAAACAUCUGUGGGGUAUUCCAUUUCAAACACUGGGAAUUUUUUGGUUUUGGUUUUCUUUUUGAUGCCCACGAUCAUGAUAAUGAUCCUUCUGGCAUACUCAUUUUCACCUGAGUGAAGUGAGGAAAGUCGUGUUAUGUGCCUUUCCCAAUGGCACAAGAUCGGUGACAAGGUGGGAUUCGAACCCGGGAUCUCUUAUAUUAGUUCCGAGUCGAAUACCCUACCGCUACGCCACACGACCCCACAUUUCUAAUGCACUUACAAAUUUCUUCGAAAUGGAGGAAACAUAUAAUUUCAAAACAAUCCUGCUAGACAUAGGAGUGGUUGAAUUAUGAAGUUUGUUGUAACAAUUUUCUCCUUCACCCCUUAAAAUAUUUUGGAAUGGAAUAGCCCAUAGUGAUUAACAGGUAUUAUAUAUAUAUACAUAUCCCUCCUUAGGAUUUCCCUCAAUUUCAAUGUACAUUUCGUGAAAGCCUUGCCAAUGGAUGCAGUAACAACAAUAAGGCUUUUAAAACUGAUUUUGAUCUCAAACCGGCUUGGGCUGCUCCAAAAUAUUAAAGCAGCAUAAAAGGGCAAAAUGGAAACUUCCCUUGCAGUGCUGCCCCCUAUCUUAUUUCUCUUGAACUGCCCAUGGUGUUAGACUUACCACUGUACAAUACAAGUCAACUAAUUGUGCCAUUUAAACUCUUUUCUAGUGGUACAUGUAUAUGGGACUACCUUUAAAAAAAAAAGGUUGUACAAAAAGUUGUACAAUUUUCAGUUUGCAGACUCCAAAUUGGUGGCGUUUAAAAAUCUUUAAAAGUAUUUAAAUCUAUAACUAUGCUGCAGAGUACACUUGGAAUUUUUUACUCUAAGAAUAAUAAGACCAAGUGCUUUUACUAAAAUCUUUGUAGGGUUAGAUGUAGGGUUAGAGGUUUAGCUACUGGUAGAGAGAGGGUACAGGUGAGUUGGUCUGUGAUAUAUAUUUUUUUUUGGUGCUGGAGUUUUGUUUGAAAGAGUUCAUAUAUUGCUAAGAUUUGUGGUGGGACAAGGAAGAAUGAUAACAA